UGCGUAUCAUUCAUUAAAACGGCUUUAAUUGGGAUCUUCAUUUCAAGAAAGAGCGGAAGUGCGGUAAUUAAUUAAUGGUGGACGCAUUCUUGUCCAUUUUUUAUAGGGCACAAUUAAGAGGACAAUGCGUACUAAUGUGCAGUCGGCUGUCGCAUUAUUAACCAGAAUGGAAAAGACGAAUCGAAGAAGGAAAAGUUUACGCAUAAAUUCCAUGAAUGACGUGAUCAAGCCUGAUUGUGCUGAAAAAUUUCGCAAAAAUCCUUUGUUUUCGCUAUGAGCAAAAUAUUUAUUUAUUUGGCGAAGAAAUGUGUAAAUAGAGGUAGCAAUCCAACCUUGCAUUUCCCAUACGUAUUUUUUUAUCUCUAGAGAAUACCGUAAUUUGCGUAGAUUAUUAUUUAUGAGGAGGUAAAAAGUAAUUUCCUUCCUUGGCAAAUUGGCGAAUUUAAUUCGAGUCUCCUCUUUUUUGGUGUCAAUGUUAAGUUGGAAAAUGGAAGUGACUUGUUGACGUAAGGUAGGUAAGUUAUGCAGAUAAGGCAGCAAAAUAUGUACCUUUUUGCAAAAAAUUGGCAUGCGAUUUGCGGAGUUUAACUCCAUGCACCAAUUCUUUAAACGUAUUACAUAUCUCUAAAGCCAAGAUUAAGUCGGAUUAAAAGCGACGAUAGAAUAAUUUAAAUGUUUGUAUUGGCAAAAUUGCAUAGCGGAAGGGAUGCAUUUUUGGCUUGGUAGUUGCAUAAUGUAAUCGGACGACAGGAUUUUGUACAUAGUUGACGGGAUGCCGUCCACCUUGAUCUGAAUGGAAGAAUUAUCAUUUCGUGAAUAAACGUAUGUACGUACGCUGUCUGACUGACAACGUGCAAAAGUUGGAUGAUUACUUACGAUUGAAAACGAGUUAUGAUCAUUGUUAUUAUUUCAGUCUAAACUUGGCUGAGAGCAAUUUGUUCAUUUAUAUCUCGUUUUUAGCCGUUUGUGUUUGUGUGCGGUAUGAAAUUGGCUUUUGGUUGGGGGCGGCAUGAUUGGACCUCAGGAUGAGAUUGGACUCGACAGAAUAUUCAUGUGACCAUGCGUGCAGGUGACGCUGAUGGGUUAAUUCGCCUCACUUGGUCGUGACAGCAGGAAGGAAAAGGAGCUCAUGGAAAAGCCAACAAUAAUCAGUUCAAGUCACACCACUAAUUUCUCGCCGAAAAAUAGGGAGCGAUUUUUACUCAGAGUUUGAAAAGAUACAGAAAUUUAGGGAAAAUGGAGGACAGGAAAUCCAUCAGUGUCACAGCUGCACCGAAGCGUUCGUACCAUUGCACCUCGUCACACCCCUUCGGACUAGAGAUGCAUCAGUGGAAUAGGAUCUGGGUCCCCCCGAUCCACGCUCUCGGACUCUACGGGAUUUAUCUCAUCCUGUGGGGCAGAGUUCCCUGGGGGGUCGUCUACCCAACCAUUGUGAUGGGUUACUUUAUGGGGGUGGGGAUCACAGUGGGGUGUCACCGCUACUGGUCACACCGCACCUUCAAAGCCAAACUCCCUCUCCAAAUAUUUCUCGCCGUGGCGCAAACGGCCGCCGGCCAGCACAGCAUUUUCAAAUGGUCCAAGGACCACCGGCUGCACCACAAGUACACCGAGACGGCCGCGGACCCUUACAACUCGCGGCGUGGGUUCUGGUUCGCGCACAUGGGGUGGCUCCUCGUCAGAGAAGAUCCCGCCGUCAGGGAGAAGGAGCACUGUCUCGACUUCUCUGACCUCGACAAUGACCCCAUCGUCAGGUUCCAGUCAAGACACUACCGCGUCCUUGAGUUCCUGGCCGUUUUUGCUGUCCCGAUUUGGACGCUGAUGUCCCUUUUUCCCACGAUGAGUCUGCUCGACGCCCUCGCCGUCAACUCGUUUCGCUACAUGACGACGCUUCACUUUACCUGGCUCGUCAACUCCGCUGCGCAUCUUUACGGAUAUAAAAAAUAUGAUACGAGGAUUUUCGCCAGAGAAAACAAGCUCGUCGCCCUGCUCGCCAUUGGAGAAGGAUGGCAUAACUAUCACCACGUGUAUCCUCAAGAUUACAAGGCGGCCGAGUUGGGUGCGUACGGGCUCAACUGGUCGUGCGCGUUUAUCGACCUGUGCGCCUACUUUGGGUUGGCGUACGAUUUGAAGACGGUGCCACAUGAGGUGGUCAUGGCGCGGGUGAGGAGGACGGGGGAUGAUGCGGGGGGCAUGACCAUGACGAAGGUGGUGGCGGGGGUGGGGCGUGGGGUUGGGGGGACGUCGACAUCAAGGAGGAACACUACAACCUCACGCAGACCUUAA